GACCUGCUCGAGAAUGCGAGCGGGCCCGGAUCUGGCCGCUGCUCAUCGCGGGUAAAGCAGCACUGAGCCGGCGCUGCGCCGGUGCAGUUCCCGUGACGCGGGACGCGGAGCCGGAUGAGUUGGGAAAGUUCUACUGCUCAGAAGGAGCAGAUCUCGGGAGGGGGAGCCCAGCCAAGGGGCUGGGCAGGAGGUCUCGGGGGCGGCGGCAAGUGCCGGAGGACCGCAGCCCUGCUGCGCUCCGGAGGCGACGCAGGGAUAGGCGCUCUCUGGAUUGCACCGCAGGCCGAGGGCCGGCUGCCCCCUCUCGGUGCCCGCCCCUCCCCGACGGAGGUGAAGCCACUCCGAAGUUGCCGCCUUAGAGGUACCGGGGAUGCAACACGCAGACACGUUCCGAACCCUGGGCUCCGCAGGUCUCCGAGUGCGGUGAGAUCGGUUAGUGCCCCACAGCCGGGCCCUGACCGGCCGCAGAUGCGCUGCCGCGGGCGAUGCGCAUCUACCAGGUUCGCAGCCUUCCUGCCUUCCCUCCGCACGCUCUGGUACCUCGCCAGGAGGGGGACAACACGCGCCGGCUCGCCGCCUUGUCUUCACUUUGUAUAAUAAAGGAUGUCAUUAGGUUUACGUGUGGCAUAUGCUAUUGCCCCCACCGUAAAACUAAAAUUAGCAAAAUGUCAGGAAUGGAAAGAUUGAUUCACCCAAGAUGCAAUUAUCAUUUAAAAAGUGCUUGAUUGAGAUGCUGAUGCUCAGUGAUUUAUUCUGCAUACCAUAUACAUAAUUAAAGUAGUGUAGUGGAGCAAUUUAUCAAUCUAGUUUAGACUAGGGGGGCAAGGACCUGCUGCCGCUGCUGCUGCUGCUCUAUGUUUGUUUUAUUAAAAAGCUUUCGGGAUCUGAUCCCGCCCCCUUUUUGCGAGACUGAAACUGAUUAUUUCUUCAACUCGGGAGAAGAGAGUCAUUCGUAUGGGAUUGUGAGAGAGGUAGAGAAAUAGAGACACGGAGAAAGAGAAGAAAAAGGAGGAAGAGAGAGAAGCAGAAAAGGACACCUCAUCAGGAGUGUAGUUUCAACCCCUUUCUCGCCUCCCCCUUCCCCUCCGCGAUGUUUCAAAGGCUGUGAGCUAUUCGUCUUUUCCCAUUCGCCUGCUGCCACUUCCUUCCUGGACGAUCUCAGGACGAGUCCGGUUACUUUUAAUCCGACCAGCAGCUCAGCCACUUUCUCCUCCUCCACGCAGCACACACACACACACACACACACACACACACACACACACACACACACACACACACACUCACACACACGCGCGCGCGCGCGCGAGCACACCCCAGGCACCUUCUGGCUGCUUAUUGGAUUGACUUUGAAGGUUGUCUGUGUGAUUCAAGACGGUUGCAUGUUGAACCAGGUGGUGAAUAUUUAAGACUGGAAGAAGCAGAGGGAUUUUUUCUUUUUCCUAUGAAAGGAAAAUAUCUGAAGGACUAGUCUGAUCAGCCAAACAGCUAACUGUUUACAAUCAUGAACAAAAAGAAUAAUAAAAAAGAACAUAGAUGGAAAGAAAUGAAGAUUUUUUACUAUUAUGAAUGUCUUGCCUUUCUUCCCCGUGUACAAAAGGAAGACUUGGCCAGGAACGGAUGCAGGGGACUGUGAUCUGAGUGGUGCAAGUGCUGAAGAAGGAGGUUUGUUUUGAGGAAACAGGAAAGAGGAAUAAAAGAGAAGGGAAAAAUACGUAAUUUUAAGGAAGAAGGAGAGAAAAAAAAACGGGGACUAUGGGGAGAAAAAAGAUUCAGAUUACAAGGAUUAUGGAUGAACGUAACAGACAGGUGACUUUUACAAAGAGGAAAUUUGGGUUAAUGAAGAAGGCUUAUGAGCUUAGUGUUCUGUGUGACUGUGAGAUUGCUCUAAUCAUCUUCAACAGCACCAACAAACUGUUCCAGUAUGCCAGCACUGAUAUGGACAAAGUGUUGCUGAAAUAUACGGAGUAUAAUGAACCACAUGAGAGCCGAACAAAUUCAGAUAUUGUUGAGACAUUAAGAAAGAAAGGACUUAAUGGCUGUGACAGUCCAGACCCUGAUGCAGACGAUUCAGUAGGUCACAGCCCUGAGUCUGAGGACAAGUACAGAAAACUUAAUGAAGAUAUUGAUCUAAUGAUCAGCAGGCAAAGAUUAUGUGCUGUUCCACCACCAAACUUUGAAAUGCCAGUUUCUAUCCCAGUGUCCAACCACAACAGUUUGGUAUACAGUAACCCAGUCAACUCACUGGGAAACCCCAACCUUUUACCACUGGCUCAUCCUUCUUUGCAAAGGAAUAGUAUGUCUCCUGGUGUGUCACAUCGGCCUCCAAGUGCAGGUAACACAGGUGGCUUGAUGGGUGGGGACCUCACAACCGGUGCAGGCACCAGUGCAGGACAACUGCAAUGCCAUCAGAGCCCUUUUCAUCUUUUUAAACUUAAAGAGGAAGUUACCAUUGACAGUUAUAGGACCUCCAUGGCAAGAAUGGGAAAUGGAUAUGGAAACCCCCGCAACUCACCAGGUCUGCUGGUCUCACCUGGCAACUUGAACAAGAAUAUGCAAGCAAAAUCUCCACCUCCAAUGAAUUUGGGAAUGAACAACCGUAAACCAGACCUCCGUGUGCUUAUUCCACCUGGCAGCAAGAGUACCAUGCCAUCAGUGUCUGAGGAUGUUGAUCUGCUUCUGAAUCAAAGGAUAAAUAACUCCCAGUCUGCUCAGUCAUUGGCUACUCCAGUGGUUUCCGUAGCAACUCCUACUCUACCAGGGCAAGGGAUGGGAGGAUAUCCAUCAGCCAUCUCAACAACAUAUGGUACUGAAUAUUCUCUGAGUAGUGCAGAUAUAUCAUCUCUCUCUGGUUUUAAUACUGCCAGUGCUCUUCAUCUUGGUUCUGUGACUGGCUGGCAACAGCAACACCUACAUAAUAUGCCACCAUCUGCCCUCAGUCAAUUGGGAGCUUGCACUAGCACUCAUUUAUCUCAGAGUACAAAUCUCUCCCUGCCUUCUACUCAAAGCCUCAACAUCAAGUCAGAACCUGUUUCUCCUCCUAGAGAUCGUACCACCACACCAUCGAGAUACCAACAGCACACGCGCCAUGAGGCGGGGAGAUCUCCUGUUGACAGUUUGAGCAGCUGCAGCAGUUCCUACGAUGGAAGUGACCGAGAAGAUCACCGGAAUGAAUUCCACUCCCCCAUUGGACUCACCAGACCUUCGCCGGACGAAAGGGAAAGCCCCUCUGUCAAGCGCAUGCGGCUCUCUGAAGGAUGGGCAACAUAACAUUAUAACCUAUUAGUUGAGAUUUUUUUUUCUUGCAGUGUGUGUGUGCUAUACUCUAAUGGGAAGGGGGAGGGGGGAAGGGUCGAUAUACAUUAUAUGUGCUGUGUGUGAAAAAAAAAGUCAGGUACUCUGUUUUGUAAAAGUACUUUUAACUUGCCUCAGUGAUGCAGUAUAAGGAUAAACAGAAAUGCUGAGAUAAGCUUGGCACUUGAGCUGUACAACAGAACACUUGUACAAAAUAGAUUUCAAGGCUAAUUUCUUUUCACUGUUGUGCUCCCUUGCAAAAUGUAUGUUACAAUAGAUAGUGUCAUGUUGCAGGUUCAACGUUAUUUACAUGUAAAUAGACAAAAUGAAAACAUUUGCCAGAAAAUGGCAGAUCUUUACUGAGAGAGAAAGCAGCUGUUAUGCAACAUAUAGAAAAUGUACAGAUGUUUUGACAGAUCCAGCAGUUGGGUGGCCAUGAAUUUAUGCUAGAAAGAGACUGAGUCACCUAACAUACUGAAAAUGCUCACAAACAUGCAGGCAUUUUGUUAGAGUAUGGCACUCAGUUAAAAAGGAUCAAACCAUUUCAAGAGGACCAUACUUAUAGAAAUGUUGAGUUCGAGGGCUGACAUACUUGAUUUCAAAAAUUCUGGGUCUGCAUCACUUAUUAAAUAAAAAAGUAUAAAAAUAUGUACAUUACAUUUAGCUUAUUUUCAUAUUAAAAAGUAAGACAGAGUUUGCAAAACAUUUGUGGCUUUUGUAGUUUCCUUAAGCCAAAAUUUGUUCUUUUUCCCUUGAUAGCUUUGCUAAUCUUUUAAGCAGUCCUGAAGAAACAAACAAAAAGGACUUUCUGUAUAGAAAGCUCUACCCUAAGCCUUGAGGAACUCCAUGCUUUGCUAAUCAAGAUAACUGUUUUCUCUUUGCAGAAGUUUUGUUUUUGAAAUGUGUAUUUCUAAUUAUAUAAAAAAUUAAGAAUCUUUUAAAAAAAUCUGUGAAAUUAACAUGCUUGUGUAUAGCUUUCUAAUAUAUAAUAAUUAUGGUAAUAGUUUCUGUUCUCUUGAUAGUGGGGAAUUAUAUUUGUGCAGUUGCACAUUUAACUAUUUUCUUUUGGUUUUCUUUUAGUGGGUAUACAUUUUACAGAUCAAAGUCAGCUGCUGAAAGACUGAUCUGUAAACAAUUAGACUUUACCCAUAGUGUAACAAAUCAUUUUAAUACAGUAUUUUACAAUCAGCUGGGUGAACUGCCAUCUGUUGUAUAUACUGAUUAUUUCUUUCAUGCUGUUUUGUGCAUUGUAACAAGUUAAGGGCCCUUCUAUUACGUAACAUCCUGCGUAUCUUGUAGUUUUCCAUGGGUUAAAUGACAAAGUGGCAUAACUUGGCCCUUUCUUAUUAAUGAAGCUGGUAUUCUGCCUGUCUGAAUUGAAUGUGCAGCUCUAAUGGCUGUAAGCUAUGUGAGUGCGGGUAAAUAUGUAACAAAGCAGCAGAGGGAGGCAAAAGGAGGGAUCAGCACGAAAGUACCUGCUGGAUAGAUUCCUUCCCUCUCACAGACAUAAAACUCUUAAAGAGAUUAUCAGUUAAAGAGUGGUUCAAGAUCAGUUGAUUUUACACAGGCAAUAUUGGCCAUCUGGUUCUUGGUUCUCAUGGACCUCUGCAGUCAUAUCAUCUCACAGUGGGCAUGUUGUUGAGCAACACUCCCUGUGUGUUUACACCAGACUAGGACUUGCUUCAGCACACAGCAUCCACAUUUUCUCCAGCCUCAUAUUGUUCCUUUGACUAAGAUAGCUUGACCAGAGGUAAUGUGUCAUUUCCUUCAAGUCCCUCUUUGUCCCUCUUAUUUAUUCGGAAAAAAAUGUAUAUUCAAGUGUUUCAGUUUCAUCUUUCUGUUGGAGGGAAAAGUGUUUAAGCAAAAUGUUAGUGUCAUAGUAAAAGAGUAUUAUUUCUCCUUUUUUAAGAGUCCUUCUAGGUCUCAACUAUAUACAUUGAUAUUAUGAUGAAAAAUACAGCAGCAACAGCAAAGAACUUCUAAGUGAAAUCCACACUUUUUCCACCUAUACAUGCAGGUGCUGUGCACUGCUCAAUGAUGGAGUGUACCUCUCUGUAGUAGAGAAUGAUGAUCAGACAACAGUGUGCAUUAGGACAUAGGCUCUUCACUUACCAUGACUUUACAGAAGCCUGCCUUACAGGCACUUUCAGCCAUGCAGGGGCUAGUACAUAAUGUGUAAACUCUUUAAGCAGAAUACUGUGCUACUAAUGCAUUCAUCUUACCUCGUGUAGCAAACUGCAGGGUAAACAAAGAUACGCAUGUUUUAAAAAACCCAAAAAAUAAAUUUAAAAACUCAAAACAAACAAAAAAAAAGGUAAAAUGGGGCCCAUAAUUAAUUUUACAAUACAAAAACCACUUUCCUCACCCUCAUAUUAACCUGUACUCAUAUUCUCUUUUGAGAAUUUUAAACUUUAGUGUGUCAAAAAUAUGCAAAUGUAUCAUAAAUAUACCUUGUCAUUUCAAGAAAAAAUACAAUUUUAUUGGUAUAGCAGUAGAAACUUCUCAGUGGGGAAGGGGAUUUGGUCUAUUGAUAUAUUAAGAAUAGCCAUAUUAAUAGUUUACCUUGCGAUUUGCCUCAGCAACACAUGAAAAAAAUGAAAGAUAUCAUUUAAUGAAGACGCAGUGUAUAAUAUUACUGCAAGUAACUAAGCAAAAAGUAGCAUGAAAAGUAUUGCCUGGGCAAUUUAUAUUAACUCUGACAGUGAUUUUUUGUAUAAACACAAGUAGAACUGAAUCACACGGAAAUAAAUGCCAGUUAGCCCUCUUGUUCCUGCUGCAGAAGGCAACUAACUUAUACUGGCAAAAUUGUGGGGGAUAAUGCAUAUUUGCAAACUGAUCUAAUGAAAAGAAGCACAACUUUGAUUGUGAAGUCACUUUCUGUAAACUAUAACUGUCUACCUUUCUUGUUCCUUUAUCUGUAUCUUACCAUUUAUUGUAUUUGCAAAAGCUAAUUUGGGUUUAUUGUGUGAUUCCUUUGUAUUUAAGGAGCUUGGGGCAGAGCCCUGAAAGAGCAACAUUUACUUUACCUUAACCCAUGCUAUAUGAUGUUUUAGGCAACAUUCUUAAUUGUAAGUUCAAACACCUGAAGUGGCAUUCUAGACAUCUGCAAGUAUUGUUAUAGCUAAGUUAAUCUCUAUUAGAAGGUGUUGUCAGUUUGUGUUUAAUUGCUGGUGACAAUUAUAUGAUAUACUCUAUCUGCACAACAUAUAUAUUGUAUGAAUUGAACCAUUCACGGUAAACUUUGUUCAUUUCAGUGUCUCUCAAAAAUUGUGUUUUAUAACAAAAUGGCUUAUAUUUUUCCCAGAAGAGAAAUUUAGCAAUUUUUAAUGACUAAUGACUAGUGUAAAAAUUACCUGUUGUCCUCAGAUCUUUUUCAGGUAAAGCUAGUAUAAGAAUGGAACUCACAGGCUGUUUCCAAGGAUGUCAACCCUUUUGUAUUGUAUUUGCAAUCCUAUAUACCCACUUUUACCUGUAGUCUAACAGCUGUUUGUUUUCCUUCUUCCUUCACCUUGAAGGUAAAUGCUUUGUAAUUUUUUAAAAGCCACUUGAAACCUCAAUAAAGGCUGUUGCCUAAACAUGGCAUACUUCAUCUGUUCCUGUUUGUGCCAUCUGCUGUGAUGUCGUCAGUUAUAUGGCAUUAAUUUCCUGCCACUACAGGUCUCUUGAAGGACUGAUGGAACACUGGUGUCUGUUACAACGCUUCACACUGUAGAUGUAAUAAAAGGCUUUUGUUAAAUAUUUUAACCAAAGAUGUGGAGCAAUCCAAGCUUUGAGCCACAGACUUUCUGCAUCAAAACUAUCCAUUUGAUUCUUUUCGUAGUCUCGUGUUGCAUUUCUACCUUCCCUUCUCAUACCUCAGACUGAUCCAUACCUCUAUUUGAUUUUUUUUUAAAAAAAGGUCAUUUAAGAAAGUCAUUUAAAAAAAAUUUAAAUUAAAAAUGCAGUACUAAAGUCGUCUGUGUAUUUAAUAUCAGACCUGGGUUACUGCAGGCAUUACACUUGGAUUGCUUCAGAUGGUUUGUUGUAUCCUUUUUUCUUUUUUUCUUCUCUUUCAUGGGGAUUUGCUUCCAUAAAAUAAUGGUGAUAACAAAAUAGCUUGUAAAUGGGAGCAUACAAGCAUUUGCAACAAAUAUUAAAGUAGAGGCUCACAGCGGCAUAAGCUGGACUUUGUCGCCACUAGAUGACAAGAUGUUAUAACUAAGUUAAACCACAUAUGUGUAUCUCAAGGGACUUAAUUCAGCUGUCUGUAGUGAACAAAAAUGGGAAAAUUUCAAAAGAUUCUCCUGCUGAAAAUAAGGUAUAAUUUGUAUUUUGCAGACAAAUCAGUAAAGUUACUGGCUUUCUUAGUGA